AUGGCUUUCCGCGCGCUGCUCUCGCAGCCGCAGCAGCAGGGCUGCGCUGCUGCUGCUGGCGAUGCAUCGAUCACUGGGGCCUCCACCAACCCGCUGACAUCUUUCUUAAGUUCUGUAACACAAGACCCUCUCAGGACCCAACAACUGACGGAGGGCUAUGAUAUCUCAGCGCUCCCAAACCCUUUGGCGGGGCCAGAGCAAGAGAAGAAAACUGCUGCUGCUGCUGCAGCAGCAGCAGCAGCAGCUGCUGCUGCUGUUCCCUUUAGCGAUCACCAGACUUCGCCCCCUGCAGCAGCAGCAGCAGCAAUAGCAGCAGCAGCAACAGCAGCAGGAACUGCCACCGAGAGAAUGCCGCCUCAGUCACGUAUGCAAGGGUUUAGGAUGGAGUCGAGGAGCUUCUUGCUGGCAGCACAGCAGCAGCAGCAGCAGCAACAGCAGCAGCAGAAGCAGCAGCAGAAGCAGAACUCCUCAGGCCCUCCUAUUUUAGGGAUUCUGUCUUUCCUGCAGCAGCAACACACCUGCAGCAGCAGCAGCAGCAGCAGCAGCAGGCAGCAGCAGCAGCAGCAGCAGCAGCAGCAACAGCAGCAGCAGCAUGCACCCUCCGCGUGGGCAGCUGAGUUUCUUAGUCACCAGCAGCAGCAGCAACAGCAGCAGCAGCAGCAGCAGCAGCAGCGGCUGCAGCGCUUCGGCAACGAUGGGGGCCUUGUUCAAGAGUGGGCAAGGGAGUUCGAGACGCUGUCUUUGGGGGGUCCCACAGCAGCGCAGCAGCAGCAGCAGCAGCAGCAGCAGCAGCAUAUACAGCAGCAGCAGCAGCAGCAGCAGCAAUCUCAUUUUUUUGGUUCUUCUUCUUAUCUAGCGGGGGCUAGAGAAGCCUCAGAGAGGUUUGCUGCUGCACCCCCCCAGUACUUUGGGUUGCAGCUGCCGCUGCAGCAGCAGUUUCCCUUUCACAUGCAGCAGCAGCAGCUGCAGCAGCAGCAGCUGCUGCAGCAGCAACAGCAGCAACAGCAACAGCAGCAGCAGCAGCAACAGCAGCAACAAGAGCAGCAACAGCGUGAUGAGCAGCAGCAAGAAGAACCAUCGAAGCCCGAAGUGUUUGACCCUGCUGUUGCUCGCGAGCUGGUGCGGGGGUUGAAGUCUGUGGGGGGCAGCAAAAUUCUGAAUGCGGAAUUUACAAAGUUUGUGGAGGCUCUGGCGGAUGGAAAACUAAAACUAGAAAACGGACAGCUGGUGUCUAGCGACGGUGAUCCGGUGGAUUGGGAUACGGAGUUGGCGUCUUAUGAAAUACAAAAAACAGCAGCAGCAGCAGCAGAAGAAGCAACAGCAGCAGCAGCAGCAGCAGCAGCAGCAGCAAAAACAGAAACAGCAACAGACUUCGAGGGGUCUCUGAAAGAACUGGAGGAGGCAUGGCGCAAGGCGCACGAAAACGGGGAGAUUGAUGCCGAAGAACUAAGUAUGUUUCAGUCCAUAUUCAAGUCAGAAGAGAUGGAGGGUAUCCUCUCACGCGACAUAAAGGAGCAGAUAGGGGACGUCUUUGAUCCGUCUUCAGACGUGGUUGACGAUGCAGAGGAGUAUGAGCCUGCGUCAUACACGCGGCCAAACAACCCUUAUUUAAACUCUCCCGGGGGUUUAGAGAAAGCACACAAAUUAAUAAAUGAAGGAAAACUACAAGAAGCAGUAUUGGUGUUGGAGGCUGAGGUGCAUAUACACCCCAACAGCAGCGAGGGUUGGCGGCUCCUGGGGCAGUGCCACGCUGAUAACGAACAGGACGUAGAGGCAAUCCAUUGCUUGAAAAGAGGCCACAGCGUUGACCCCUACAACCUCGACAGUUUGAUGGCGUUGGGUGUUUCUAGGCUUGAUGGCGUUGGGUGUUUCUAG